AUGAGCGAGGAGGUCGCAACCAUGAGUUUCGAGAACGGUCGCAAGCAAUCUCUCGAGAUGAAGGAAGACAAGAAUGCGCCCAUCGUCAGCGAGGUGGAUGCUGGGCUUGCUGAGGCGUUGAGGAACUACGUACCUGGUACGCAGGAGGAGAAGCAGCUCGUUAGAAAGAUUGACUUCUACUUGAUGCCCAUGCUUUGGAUCAUGUACAUUCUCAACUACGUCGACCGCACAAACAUCGGAAACGCAAAGAUUGCGGGGAUGCAAAAGGACCUCUCACUCACCGACGAUGGGUACGCCUGGGUUCUCUCGAUUUUCUUCUUUGGGUACCUCAUCUGCGAGGUCCCCUCCAACAUGAUCCUCAGCCGCAGCCGGCCCUCCAUCUUCCUCCCCGGCAUCAUGCUGGUCUGGGGUGCGCUGAGCGCCCUCAUGUCCAUCUCAAAGACCUACGGCGCCCUGCUCGGCUUCCGCUUCGUCCUGGGCUGCAUCGAGGCCGGCUUCUUCCCGGGCGUCCUGUUCCUGCUGUCGUGCUGGUACACCCGCGCCGAGCUGGGCAAGCGCUUUGCCAUCUUUUACACGGCCGCCGUCCUCUCAGGGGCUUUUGGAGGGCUCCUCGCCGGCGCCAUCACCGCCAACCUCCACGACGCGCACGGCAUCGCGGGCUGGCGCUGGCUCUUCAUCGUCGAGGGCGUCGCCACCGCCGGCGUCGCGCUCGUCGCAUUUUUCGUCCUGCUCGACUACCCGUCCACGGCGCGGCAGCUGACGCCCGCCCAGCGCCAGCUCGCCAGCAUCCGCAUCAUCGCCGACGGCAUCGCCUCGGGCGGGCAGAACAAGGCGCGCCUCUCCCACUGGAAGGCGUUUGUCGCGGCCGUGUCGGACCCGAGGACGUACAUGUUCAUCGUCCUCUUCAUGCUCGACGUCGGCGCGGGGACGAUUUCGUACUUUAUCCCGACCAUCACCCUGACGUUGGGCUACGACACCGUCAAGGCGCAGUACAUGACGGUGCCCAUCUACGCCGUCGCCUCCGUGUGCCUCAAUAUUGUCGCCUGGAGCUCCGACAGGCACCAGGAGCGGCGGUGGCACGUGGCCGCGCCGCUGGCGCUGGGCUUCGCGUGCGCCGUCGUGUGCGCCGCCGUGCAGACGCCGCUUGUGCGCUACGUCAUGAUCUGCUUCGUCGCCGCGGGCAUCUGGUCCGCGCUGCCGCUGAUCUUGUCCUGGACGAGCGGUGUCCUGAGCUUGCCGGCCGAGAAGCGCGCCAUUGUGCUGGCCUUGGUGAAUGCGUUUGGCAACUUUUCGAGCGUCUACGGGAGCCGGAUCUGGCCGAGUAAGGAUUCGCCGGCGUAUCAUACCGGCUUUGGCGUCACGGCUGGGUUCUUGGGCGCGGGUAUGAUCCUGGCCGUCUUGCUUCCGAUUCUUGUCAAGAUUGUGAAUUGGCAGGGGACGAGGGCGGAGAGGGAGGUACUUGAGGAGAACCAGUUGGAGGAGUAG